GAGACGUCUAGACCCAGGUUUGGGAUUUGCUUGCCCUGUGACGUAAAUAAUUAAUUUACUCGUAGUGAACUUGAUACGGGAAGCGUGGUCCUCGACUUAGCAAGGUACAAGGGCGUGUGUGUGUGUGUGUGUGUGUGCGUGUGUGUAUUUGCUUUUCCACAGUCCUAGGCUGCCCGUAUUGCUUUCCGCACGUGCACAGUGAGCAUGGCAACGUUUGGUCAUCGAUUGACAGUGGCUGGCAUGCCCGCUGUAUGCAUGCUGAGGUCAGUGAGAUCGCUAGUGUCCGGUACGCAAUCUUGUCAGAACUCAAUACGUCAUGCCAUGGGACGCACACGCUCCACAACAGGCGGUCAGACUAACCCAAGGAGCUGUGUAACAACCUUGGCAACUUCUCGGCGUCAUCUGUGCUCUACUGGGGGUGUCAAUGCAGCUGCUAAUCCGGAUACCGAGAAGCGGUUACAGGAACUGCGGGCAGCACACAUGGCACGUGGACUGCCGAAGCAAGAUGCUAUUGAUGGUGUCCGGCAUGUGGUGCUGGUUGCGUCCGGCAAAGGGGGAGUCGGCAAAUCCACCACUGCAGUGAAUCUAGCUGUCGCUCUUUCCCGGUCCGAAAAGUCCUUGUCGGUAGGGCUGCUAGACGCAGAUGUGUAUGGACCGUCGAUACCACGUCUGAUGUCCCUGAGCGGCAACCCGGAACUUGACAACAAUAAUCACAUGAUUCCACUGGUGAACUAUGGGAUAAAAUGCAUGUCAAUGGGCUUCCUCGUGGAGGAGAGUGCGGCUGUUGUCUGGAGAGGGCUGAUGGUGAUGCAGGGAAUACAGCGGCUGGUGCGUCAAGUUGCCUGGUCGCCGCUAGACGUGCUAGUGGUGGACAUGCCGCCGGGAACUGGUGAUGCACAGCUGUCCAUAUCACAGAUGCUGCCCAUAUCCGGAGUCGUGCUGGUUACAACGCCACAGGACAUAGCCCUACUUGACGUUCGGCGAGCGAAUACAAUGUUCACGAAGGUCAACGCUCCUGUGGUCGGCAUAGUGCAAAACAUGAGCGCCUUCAUCUGCCCAAAGUGCUCGCAUCGGUCGCACAUAUUUGGCGAGGCCGGCGCUGAGAGACUGGCCAAGGAAGAAGGAAUUGCGCUGAUUGGCGAUGUUCCUCUUCACAUGGAGAUUCGACAGAUGUCAGAUGAUGGCACACCUAUUGUUGUGACCAAGCCGGACUCGCCUCAGGCCAAGGCAUACUUUAACAUAGCUGAGACGGUGGCCAGACACCUGGCUGCGGUACAGGAGCCGUAGCUAACCACCUGCGUGAGCUCCAAGACACAUGCAGCAGAGUCGAAUAAUCAGCAGGACGCCCAGCACAGGGCCGGGGACGCUAGAGGCAAGCUAUUCAUGCACCAGGUGCGAGCCUGAAGGAGAUGUGAGCCUGAAAUCUGACCCAAGGACGGCACCGCACAUUCAGCAAGACAGGCGUACAACGCAUCACAGCUCAAUCGCAAGCAAGCUGCUGCCAAAGUCCUACUGACCAACUGCAGCAUCAAACACAGUGCUGCUCGUGCUGAUACCGCCAGGCCUGGCUUGGAUUGGGCGUUACUGCUUCCUGCGAGCACACAGUGUUGUUAUGCCGGCAAGGCACCUCACUACAGAUAUCCAUACUGACUGUGCUCAUGCAGAGCAGGAUACCACUGACUGCACUUUGCAGCAAGUUGGCUCAGCCAGCGGACAAUUUGGUCACGAACUGUGCCACCACAGUAGAUUUUUUUUUCGAGAAUGUUUUCUAGUAU